AUUGGGAGAAGAAAUCGCGGGAAACAUGUUUAAGCGGAAAUAAUUUUUCCGAAAUCCGAAAUUCCACUGCUUGCUUCACUGCUCGUUUUCUCGCGGGUGGCACGACACCAGAGCUGAGAAAGAGAGACGGCUAUGGGAUCGGAACUGCUUUGCCCAAAUGGGCCUCAAAGCCUUGCAUAAUGGGCAUCGACGAAGCUGGUCGCGGUCCUGUUUUAGGACCAAUGGUGUAUGGAUGCUUGUACUGUGCCCGUUCAUAUCAGAAGACUCUCUCUACUUUGAACUUUGCAGAUUCAAAGACCUUAAAAGAAGAGAAAAGGGAGGAACUAUUUGAGCAAUUACAGGCUGAUGAAUCACUAGGAUGGGCUGUUGAUGUCAUAGAUCCCAAGGAGCUCUCAGCUAAAAUGCUCAGAAAAAACAAAAUUAACUUAAAUGAGAUAUCACAUGAUUCUGCAAUGGACCUCAUUACCAAGGUACUAAACAUGGGAGUUCUUCUAACUGAGGUUUAUUUGGAUACGGUUGGAGAUGCCGAGAAGUAUAAAAUGAAAUUAACAGAGAGGUUUCCAUCCAUUAAAUUUUGUGUUUCAAAGAAGGCUGAUAGUAUUUAUCCUGUUGUUAGCGGGGCAAGCAUAGUUGCUAAGGUAACAAGAGAUCGAGCCUUGCGAGAGUGGGUGCUUGAGGAAACAGCAGAAAACAUGCAUAGAAACUUUGGCUCUGGAUACCCUGGAGAUCCUGGAACAAAGGCCUGGUUGGAACAUCACAAACACUCUGUGUUUGGAUUCCCAUCAUUGGUCCGCUUCAGUUGGGGUACUUGCACUUCCUAUUAUAAAGAUUUUGUUGAAGUCUUAUGGUAAGUUCUUGAUCCUCUUUCCUU